AUGACCGAGGAGGAGAUCAUGACCGGAGUCCGGCGGCCUUCCAAAGAUGUCCACCCGGGCCUCGACCUGGCCGCCUACCCGUCUCCGGGCAUGUCUCCUGCAGUGGCCCCGUGGCGCAGCCGACAAGCCUUCGCCGCAGAUGCGGGUGCCCGUCGCAGGUGGGCCUCACUUUCGGAUGACGAGACUCAAUCGCCGAUGCUUUGGCCUAUGAGGUCACCAGUUCUUCAUGGACAGCGUGGAGGGCGUCGUAGCCACAGCGGCACACCAUUGAUGGGACCCUCGGCAGGCGGAAUUCCAGGACUUGCGAAAGUCUCCGAGCAUGCUGUCGCUGAGGAAGUGGAGGACUUCAUGCUACCGCCGACACCACAACCGCAGGCUCAGUUGGGCACUUCGCCAACCUCGAAGCAAGUGCCCAUGACGCCUGAGAAUUUCCCGAUGGCCUGGCCGAACCCAUGGGAGUCUGGGCCGAUGUUUGGCUGCGACCAGGCCAUGGCUGCACAGUGGCAGCAGCAGUGGAUCAUGCGGCAAGGCGAUCCGGCCUGGCCGCCUCCCUGGUCCCAGGCAGGCGGUCUCUACCCUCUUGCUCCUCAAGUUGCUGGAGGUUUCGGAGCAGCAGAUUCUGCAAGCAGCAGCUUUGGUUGGGUCCCGAUGGGAGCUGCUGGCGCCGAGAUCUCACAGGCGCAAAUGUGGCUUGGUCAAGAACAAGCUGCCGAACAGAUGCAGCUGAGCGACCCGAGUGGCUCCGCAGCCCCUUGCCCGCUCGUCUGGGUCGGAGAGCGGGCCUUCCGAGCAUCCGCAGCGGCCAAGGAACAGAUCGAGGGCCUUGGCUAUUCGAUCAAAGUGUACAGGAGCCAUGACCGCUGCAGUCGGAUGCUGGAUAAGAAGAGUGCCCUAGCGUCACACUCCGUUUUCCUCGUCUCGGAGGCUGAUGCGAAACCAAUGCUUCAGUACCUGCGGAGCCGAUCUGCGACUGGAGUGCGUGUGCUGCCGUUUUGGUGCAAACUCCCCAAACUCCGUCUCCGCCAUACAGCUGCAAUGCGCCCCAAUGACUCCCUGCUGCUCACGAAUGUACCGGUGGUGCGGAGAAAGACGCAGGCCAACACCGCGUACACUUUCGAUGCAUCGAAUGGCAUGUUGUCGGCGGCUCCAACGCCUCCACCGCUUCAGCGCAGCUUCAGCAUUGGCUCUCUCUUCAGGUCCCUGCCGGCCCUGAACCCCGAGCCGACACCAAAGCGGAGUUCGCGCCGUUGCUCGGAGAUGCCCAGUGUAAGCAUGGAGGCGCUGCUGGCCCGAAGCUCGCAGCGGCGGCACACGGAUCCUGGGCGCGCAGUACAGCUGGUUUUCCAUGGCACGCAAAGCGGCCGGCGGCCCUCCCUCAUCGACCUCUCUGUGCCGUUGCCACCCGUGCUGGCCCCGAAGUCGGAGCCACUCAAGACGGAGAAAGGGAAGGGUGCAGAGACUCAGAAGCCUGCGGAGAAGUCCACACUGGAGAAGUGCAACAGUCCUCGAGCCAGCAGGGACACUACGAUGACACCCAACUCUGCAAGCCUGGCAUCCACCGAUGAUGAUGAAGGAGGCAACACUCCGAAGCAGGUCCGUUUCCGAACGACAAUCACGGAAUGCGAGGUAUCAACCCCGUACGGAGUCAUUUACGAUGGCAUUCGCCCCAUGGACUUUGACUUCGAUCGCUGGGGACGGAAGAUCUACCACUUCUUUCCGAAUCCUGAGGAGGCAGAGGAGGACGAUGACUGA